AUGUCGCAAUACGGCAAAUUUUUCGACUUCUGCAGAGACUCCGGCAGCAAGUUUUCCACCAUUCCAGUGUGCAAUCUCUUCAAUGAGUCGCCUGCGCGAUCAGGAAGCUCGGCCGCUGGCUUUGGUGGCUGCGACCUCACAGGCAUCGGUCUCAGUAAUGGCCGCGAGCUCGCAAACCUAGGUUCCAUCCUGCUCGAUGGCAUCGCCAUCUUGGUCACCAUUGCCUUGCUUUUCUUCUCCAAUCGGAAACGUGCAGCGGUCGGCAGAAGAGAGAUGCAAUACUUCCUCUUCGGCUACCUGGUCAUCUCCAUCUGCGAAAUCUUCACCAUUGGCGGCUUCCCGCUCAACGGCGCCGUUCGACGCGCCUUCACCGCUGUGCACAUUGCCGCCGUCGUCGCCACUGCCUGGGUAUUGCUGCUCAAUGCCAUUGUCGGCUUCCAGAUCAUGGAGGAUGGCACCUUCGUGUCAAUGGCGCUGGUUAUCGGCUCUUCUCUGGCCUUCGUCAUCGGCGUCGGUUACAUUGCCCUUGACACUGCCUUCAAAUGGACCGGCUACUGGGACUCGACGCUCAGCCCGCCCAACAGAGCUUACGCCUUGUACACGUUGUACUUGCUGGCCCCCCUCGUUUUCAUUGCCUUCUACUUCAUUCUCGAAGCGUACCUUGUGGUUGUUAUUCUGGGUGAACGAAGACCGUUACUCUACUUGAUAACUGCAGGUCUUCUCUUCGCCAUCGGCCAGAUCUUCCAAUUCGUAAUAUCGGUCCACAUCUGCAACGGCACGCAUGGCAAGAUCAACGGGGGCAUGUUCGAGUCGCUCUUUACGCUACUUGCUGUCGUCAUGGUUUGGGUGUUUUGGUCGAGCAUAACGGAGGACGAUUGGCCCACCGCCGGUACUCCAGGCUACUCAUAA